CAGAGUGGCAAUAAGUCAUUCACGUACUGCAAAGAUGCCUGCUUAUGGGGUAAACAUGAAUGAGAUGAAUCUAAAUUGUGUCCUUAUGAUCAUAUUGAUGAUUAUAUUACCCAUCCUAGGGUUGCUUUUGUGGCUAGAAAAUAAGUUAUCCAAUAAUUUCUGUGAGAGCAAUCAUUACUCCAAAUGGAAGGAACUAGUUCAGAUCAAUGAUGAAAUAAACAGCCUACUCUUUGGACAAGAUGGGAACACUAGUAGUGCACACUGUGCUUGCUCCUUCUGUGGCCGAUUAAGCGACAUAGUCACAAGAUGUUCAUGCUGCAACACUGCUAUAUAUUGUUCAAAUGCAUGCCAUGUUAUGCACUGGAGGUUUUGCCAUAAAUAUGAAUGUGUCGAGAUAGAAAUGUCAGAAGAUCUGCUGGAAUCACCUUCUCAUAGAACCCAUUGCCUUCUCAUGGAGCCUGAAAACGAUAAGUACUCAUUCAAUCAACUUGAUGAGCAGAAAAUAUAUGAGGGAGAUGCUUACUACAUUGAAGGAGGAGAAGAGCAAAAUAGUGUUGAGUUGAGUGAUGAAACAGCAAUGCCUCGACAUGGCAAUAUUAACGGUAUCAAUGGCUGUGUUGUGUGUGGUAAUCCAAGCUGUAAAGCAUGCUCAAGGUGCAUAGUUAUAAAAUCUUGCUCACGAACAUGCCAGCAUUUUGAUUGGAGAUCAGGGCAUAGGUUUCAAUGUCUUGUUGAGAAGGAAAAUUCAUCUGAAGCAGCAUUGGUCAAUCAAGCAAGACCUGCUUAUGGAAAUGUAAUUUUUCAUUGCCUGGUUGAAAAUCAUAAAAACUCAAAUGAGGUGGAAGAUAAUGCUCAUUUAUCUAUUCCUCUUUGCUUGGAAUUUCUCUCAGGAAACACCAACUCUAGGGCCUUGAAUUCAAGUUCUCUGUCUCAGGACGCAACCAAUAAUGCCCGGGAGGUUGAAGAUCAAUUGAGAAGCCUAAAAAAAGAAUUGGCAAAGAUUAAAGAUGAGAACAUAACACUACGGUCAGAGUGCGACGAAUGGGGGGCACGAGCAAGGAAUUCUAUCGAUAGACUUUACAGCUUCAAGAAAGAAAAUGAACACCAGUUGUUUAUUUUGAAGCAAGAAAAUGAAUUGAUAUCAAAUGCUGAGAAGCAAGCUUGUCAAAUGAUUAAUAGUUUAUCUCAGAGGCUACACUGCUUGCAGAUUGCAGUGGAAAGUGGAGUUGAAGAGAGGCAAAAACAAGAAGAAUAUGUACAUAUGCUACAGAAUGAAUGUACUAAGGCUAAGAUAGAGCUACAAGAACAGAACAAGUGCAUCCAGAGGCUCGCACUGGAGCUUGAUAAGACCACUCAAUUUGUUGGUUGUUCAAUUUGUCUAACCAAUGAGAAGAACAUGACCUUUGGUUGUGGACACAUGACUUGUUUAGAGUGUGGAUCAAAAAUUCACAAGUGUCAUAUAUGUCGAAGGAAGAUCACCAUCCGUAUAAGGUUGUUUUCUGAUUAAUUGAGGGAGGAAUUAAUAGGCAUUAUCUAACAAUGCCAUUAUGUGGGUGACCCGCCAUUAGAGAGAGUUUGUUUCAAAACUUCUACAUAUGCUUAGUAAUAUAAGAGCAAAGUCUUCACCAUUAGAUUUUACAAGAAUGUUUAUAUUUAAAUACCCAUAAAUUUCAAACACCUAGUUGAUACUUUUGUUUUCUCUC